ACUUACGAAUAAAAAUAUAGUUAUAUCUCGGCGUCGUUAUGUCAAGUCGACGCGGCUCGAGUGAGGGCGGCGAGCAGACAUCGUUUGUGAGUCUCUUCCAGAACAAGCUGCAGCUUCCCAUUGCGAAUCCGUUCUGUUCAGCGCGGGACAGCGGCGGAUCAAAGGACAUCGCUUUCACGGUGCCACCUUCUCUGUCUCCACUCAGCCCGCGCCGCCCCUUCCCUCCGCCGUCACCCACAAGCAAUCCCCGCAAAUCAUUCCAGGACAGCUUGUCCCCUCUCUGUCCCCGACGCUCCAUCCCUGACGGGAGCAAGGCGUUCGACGGAGGCCUUCUGUCCCCCCUCAUCCCACGACGGUUCGGCGGCGGCUCAGGCGAGUCGUCGCCUCACGGGGCCGCCGAGGCCAUAAAUUCCAACCUGGUCGAGACCUCGAGCUUCUCGCACUCGAGUACAAACAUCGCAAACCUGGGAGCCCUUGACCCGGAGUUGUACAAGACAGCGGGCGACGUUCUGCCAGGGGACCUGCCGUGCUACCCUCACGACCAUCUGGGGCGAGUGUGGUACAGACUCGAGUACCGCGACGACUGUGAGAAGCUGCUGGUCACGCUGCUGAAGGUGCGCAACCUGCCAUCUCGCAACACCUCUUCACACCACUCAUGUGACCCAUACGUCAAACUUGUGCUGAUGCCCGACGAGCGGCGAUGCCUGCAGACGCGGCGGAAACAAAACACAUGCAACCCGAGAUACGACCACACAUUCGCCUUCAUGGUGGGGGCGAAGGAGUUGACGGAACGCGCCCUCAAGCUCACCGUCUACGAUGUUGACCGCGACCGCAAGCACAACAUCAUCGGCCACGCCAUUCAUCUCUUUAAGGACCGGGGGGCGGAGAGUUCACCGCUGGACGGACGUGAGGUGUUCUACAAGGACCUCACACGCGAGACCAUCGGCAGCCCCAGGGAGCUCGGCCAGCUCGAGGUCACGCUCUGCUAUAACGACAACUUGGAGAGGCUCACCGUCAUACUGGGCGCGUCCAAAGGCGUUAAGGUGCCUGAGGAGUGCAGGGGCUCAGGAGAGCUGCAGGUGCGAGUGUCCCUCCUGCAGCAGGCCAAGGUGGUGAAGACCAAGAAGUCGAGUGAAGUUCGCCCCAACAGUCACGGCGAGACUGGCUUCCACGAGAGCUUCAUGUUCAGAGUGAACUCGGAGUCUCUAGACACGGCGGCGCUGACCAUUCUGGUGCACCAGGCUAGGAAGUCGGCUAAGGAUGUUACACCGACGUGUCAUGCUCGUAGCGUGCAUGUCACAGGCGUUGCCGAGCGCUGUGCGCCUUAA